UAGGAGGCUAAACCAAUCGCGUAUGGUACACUACGAGGCUCAACUGCUAUCCGACAUCUGAUUGGAUGCAGUGCACCGCGGGCUUACGUGCCUCUCGCGAUUUAAUUUCUAGGGGGUAGGGACAAGGGAGUCGUGACUUGGGAGAGCGUCCACUGCCAUCGAAGUACAAGGAAUCGGAUAGUGCUAGCUCUUGCUUCUCGUACAAUUUUUCCUUUCAAAGGUUGAAUAAUGGCACGUACCAAGCAGACGGCACGUAAAUCUACUGGAGGUAAGGCGCCUCGUAAACAGCUCGCUACAAAAGCAGCUCGUAAGAGUGCGCCUUCUACUGGUGGAGUGAAGAAACCUCAUCGUUAUAGGCCUGGUACAGUAGCUCUUCGAGAAAUCAGAAGAUACCAGAAAUCUACUGAAUUGUUGAUCAGAAAGUUACCUUUCCAACGAUUGGUUCGUGAAAUUGCACAGGAUUUCAAAACUGAUCUACGUUUCCAAAGUGCAGCUAUUGGAGCUUUACAGGAAGCUUCUGAAGCAUACUUGGUCGGGUUGUUUGAAGAUACCAAUUUGUGCGCUAUUCACGCCAAACGUGUGACCAUUAUGCCCAAGGAUAUUCAGCUAGCUCGACGAAUUCGUGGCGAGCGUGCUUAAAUAAUAUGUAACUCCCAUACAUACCAUUUACAGCUAUUAUUAUUCUCAUCACUAUUAUUAUUAUUAUCGUCAUUCGUAACAAUCAUGGAUAAAACAUUUUCAUUCCAAACUACAUAUUAUUUUGUACUCCAUGAAAGUGUACAAGUUAUAAAAUUGUCAUUUCUUAUGAUAAGGAUAGAAAAUUCAGAACUUUGAUAAAUUAAUAUAAAAUUGGUGGCUAUUUUGAAAAUAGUAACCCAUUAAUGUUUGAUGUUAUUACAUAAAACUGUAAACUAAAUUAUGUUACUGCAUACAAAUUGUCAGUUAUAAAUAUUAAUCUUUUGUUCUUUAGUUUAGUUUAUAUUUUUCUUUUUUUAUCAGUUUACAUCUUAUCUAUAGAGUAAGAACAUCGAGAUCUAAAAUACGUUUAGAAGCGAAAUGGGUCUUAACAAAAGACAAAACAAAUUGUUAAUUCUUCUAAAAGUACUUUUAGGAUUAAAAAGCAACCGCAAUUUCUCAUUAUAAUUCUAUGAUAUACGUAUAUCAUUAUUACAAUACAUACAUCAUCGUCAUUAUUGAUACAGUACAUAGAAAAAGAAAUAUACAUUAGAACAUAAGACAGUUUCUUUAUAGGAAUCCAAUGUAGUGUUUAUUGUACUAGAAUUCUGGUUGUACUAAAAUCACAUAAGGUAAUUCAAUCAGAUAAGUACUCACUGUUCGUGUAAAGAUAAACGUUUCAUAAAUAAAAUUUGAAAACAUUGA